GCCGGCUAAGUCAGUGCGCGUUUGACUGCUUGACACGGCGGAGCUUCCGAAAAUAAUACAAACACCCACCUGUACAUUAUUAUGAGUAUGUGUUUGAGUUACGACAACAAAUUGGUAGAAUUGUUACUCGAUGUUUGUGUAGAGUGCUUCAAUCAUCAACAGCAAUCGGUGCAAAAGUUACUGGUCAGACGGUUGUACUACACUGACGAUGUGGUUUUGUGAAUAAACAAACUGAACUUUUCUUAUAGUAUAUACGUAGUUUAUAUCGUGUUUUCUUAAUUAUAUUACAAAAUGUCAACUGGAAAACGUCUAGCCAAACGCUCCAUCAUCGGCACCAGAGUCUGUGCCCCCGGAGAAGACGGCAAAUACUACUGCGGAGUCAUCAAAGCCGUCAAAACUCCGGCAAAUCACCAAGAAAACAACAACUGCAUAAAUCUCACACCGAACACCAUUUACACUGUUCACUUCGAUUCGAGGCAAGGAAACCUCGGUAGAACCACCGCCGAAUUCCUCGAAAACGAUCUCAUAGGUCCCGGUUUCCAAUCUGUCUUGGGCACCGAACUAGUGGCCGGCCAAAAAUGUUUCGUCACGUACAAUGGACGGGAAGUUUGCGGGGACGUUUGCAAACAUCACGCCGAAACCGACGAAGUCAUCAUCAGAAUUCACCCGACAGGAAUCGACGCUCCCUUCGAAGUCCAAAAACGUUUGGAGGAAGUGAGACUUCUGGAGUCCAGAAAAAGCGCCAGACUGGCAGAUCAAGAUACCGAUUUUGCCAGGUUGGCAGACAUGGCCGGCGACAGAAAAAGAACUGCCUCCCAUACCAUAGAUGUUCCAGCGCCAUCUUUCCAUCACGGAUCUCGCAAAAGACGUCCAAGUCACAGCCAAGAUGACCUGCCAUUGGCCAAAGACAGUCAAAUGGACGAGUGCAGUGCUGCAUUGGUCCUCAUGAGCCUAUCGUGUUCCCCUCAUUCGCCAAAUUUAUCAGCAUUUUCGUCCUGGUUAAGCACAUCCCCAGGAAGCAGCAGCUCUUCUGCUUCGUACAGAUCGACCCCUUCCCCACCCCCAAGGACGUACUCCCCAAAUUCUACUCCACUGUCCACGAGUUCCGUAUCGGAUGAAGGGAUCGUUAUGGAUGACCCUGAUGAGAUGCCCAGGAAGAAAAAGAAUAUCACAAGAAUAGUAUUCCAGUGUACGUGGCCUAGUUGCAUGAAAACCACACAUAAUUGCGAGGAUAUUGAGCACCACGUCAGGACUGAACAUCUAAAAGACAAAGCCUGCGACGAAAACGAGGAAGAGUUCUACUACACCGAGCUGGAGAUCGGGCUGACGAGCCCGGGGCCCACUUUAUCGCACCGCGACAUGGCCCGACCGCCUCACGAGGACCCCGACUACCAGAGGGCGUUAGUCGGCAACUUCCGCCAGAGCCUGCUCAACGCUCCAAUCAUAAUCCCGCAAUCGCCCCACAAACUGAUCAAGCUGUCUCCGAGACCCAACAGCCCAAAAAUGCCCGUCUCCCCACGCAGGGUGCGAGGGGAAAACAAAAAGUGCCGCAAGGUCUACGGAAUGGAGCACCGAGAGCAGUGGUGCACGCAAUGCAAGUGGAAAAAGGCUUGCAGUCGAUUCGGGGACUGAAGAAAACAGAGGAUGCCAGUGCAAAGAGACGCUAAAGUGAAUCCAAUAUUGUGUUCUACUACAUAAAUCAUCUAAUUUUAAAUAAGGGACUAUGAAACGCAAACGGUUCACCCCCGAGAACCACCUCCCCAAACAGAUCUCAUACUGCACUACCUACAGUACAAUUAUGAUAUUUAUAUCGUCUCGUGUGUUGCUCAAGAAAUUUAUCUUCAAGAAAACACUAAAAGGGCCGUGAAGAGAGCUGGAAAAAGAAUUUUUAGGUUAAGUUAACAUUUUGGACAUACGCAAGAGAGUUGCAUGCUACACCUAUAGGUAUAGUAUAUAGGGUGAUUCAAAAAAAUAGUUUUCCAUUUUUUUUUAGUCCCUUAUCAAAAAGACCAUAUUUCAUUAUUAAUCAAUCCCUUAACUAAAUUACUUCAACCAUUUAAAAGAUAUUCAAGACCAAAGUUUGAAGAAUUUAUUAAAAAAAAUUGUUUUAAUAAUUUUGUAACUUAUUGAAAAAUAAUUAUUGUUAAAUAUUAAAUAUUAAGAGUUAAAAUUUAGUGAGCACUUGCUAGAAGUACCUAAGAACCAAUUUUACAGUGUUGGAAGCAAAAAAAUAUUCGAUUUUUUUAAAUCACCCUCUCUUAAGUUAGGUCCAUUACAGAACUAUUAUCUAAAAAUCCUAUUUUCGACUGAUAAAUUGAGUCUGAAAAAAUAGAUCUCACCUGAACGCGGUACAAUACCCCUUCAAUGUUUUGUACAGGGUGUCCACAACUUUUUAAAACUUUUUUUAACAAAACUAUUUUUUACGAAUUAUUCCAUGAAAUAAAUAUUGCUCUUUUCAGUAUGAAAAAUGUAGUUUUGUAACGUAUUUGUUCGUUACAAAUUAAUUGGGAUUUUAUUUAUUCAAAACAAAAAAAAUUGUGUAUUAUAUUUUUGGACAACCUGUACUUGAAGAUAGAUUGCCUGAAUUUUCGGUGCCAGCCAUGAAACCGAGAUGUCUGUGUUGUAUCAACGUGCCCAAAGAAAACAACGAACCUCUUUCCAAAGUCGUCUAGUGGUAAAAAAAAUUAAUCAAAAAAUAUAUUUUUUUGAUUGGGUCGCGAAUCACGCAUACACGACUGUUGUUCGAUAAUUGAAAUGGGUACAAUUUUUUGACUGGACGGAAAAAUGAAAUUUUAAAUUGUUGUAUAAAAAUCCAGUAUAAGCAAUCCAAUGUUUUAUUUGUUUAAAUAAUUUAUUUAUAUAUAAGUACUUUUAAGAGAUGUUUAUUAUUAUUAAUUAUUAUACAUAUAUAGAUUUGAAUGUUAUUGUGUUUGAUGUAAUUGUUGCUGAGAUUAUUAGAGUUAGUUUUGUUGAGAGAAAAGAAACAAUGUCGUUAUCAUUUUGAGAAAUUGUGAAUUUUAAGUCGUUAAAAUUAUACACUCAAAAAUGCAUUCUUUUGUGAUAAGGUUCAAAUACAGCCUUUUUAUUAUUAAUUAUUAUUAGAUUAUUUAUUUUUUACAUAUAAAAUAAAAAUAUUAUCAAAUCACCACGUUAAUUAAUUAUUAAUUUCCCUUUAUUUGAGUACAUAAUAUUAAUGACCUUAUUAAUUGUAGGGAGAGUAAGUGCAUCAAUUGAAAGAGACAUUUAAAAAUUGUAAAAACAGCCAAGGUCCCAAUACUUAAAUGGCAAUAAAAUUGUGUGAGAAUAUCUUAAAAUAAAAUUUUUAUUAUUUUGAUUGUUGCAUGAAACACAAGUGUUGGAAAAUUAUAAUUUUUGAGGAAAACCCGGGUAUUUUGUGUACCACGCAUGAUCUCAAAGCCCAAAAAUGCUGAUCAUCGUUGUCGCGCUACAUUACCUUGAUUAGGACCUGUGUGGGAAUAAAAUAUAUUUUACAAAAAAGUUCCAAUAUAACAUAGGCAUUAAAACUACGAAAACCUUAAACCAGUGUAUGGUCUAAGGUACCAUUAAAUCUUUAAUUUUAUCUUAUUUCAAUAUAAUACAAAAAAUGCUAAAAUUAAUUUGGUACCAGUUACUUUUUUGUAAAAUUUACAUCCUAUCAGCCUUACCAUAUUAUUAAAAGCCAUAAUCUUUUAAUUUUCCCUUAUUCUCUUUUGGGGUAAUUAAUAAAAUGAAUUGGAUGUCAAAAGAUUACCUGCCAUAUACAUACAUAUUUUACAAUCGCUGUGUUACAUUAUAUUUUUUUAAAUUUUGUCUCAAGGAUAAUUUAUAAUCAAAAUUGUAGUUGUUAAUUUUUAUUUCGUUUCUGCAUGGAUAUAAGAUAUGCACUUUUUGUAAGCUUUUGUAUUAUAAAUCUAUAUGAUCUUUUUGAAAUUGUAAAUACUUAUUUCCUACAUUUUAUAAAAAAAAACGGUAAGAUUUAGUUAAUUUUUUUGUGAGAACUGGAAAUUUCAGAACACAUUUCAUUACCUCCUUGUCUUUCAUUUAGUUUUUUGUCAAUCAUCAACAUUUAGAAUAUUUAUAUAAUAUAUUUUUCAGAGUAUUCAUAUACAUGUAUUUUUAACGUUAAGUUAUUAUUCCCUUUGUGUUAAGUUUUAUUGUAUAAUUUUUAGAUAAGAACGUAUUUUAGAGAAAAAUCAUAUUUAUAGAAAUAACAAUUAUCUAUUUAGCAUUAUUUACAAGAGAAAGUGAC